GACCUUUCACCCCUCCCCGGAGAGAAGCAGAGAGAGAGACGUGGCUGAAGCGGCAUAAGUGGUAGCGAAGCAAUGGAGCUGGAAGCAAUGAGUCGAUACACAAGCCCGGUGAACCCGGCAGUGUUCCCGCAUCUGACCGUCGUGCUGCUGGCCAUCGGCAUGUUCUUCACAGCUUGGUUCUUUGUCUAUGAGGUGACUUCAACCAAAUACACACGAGACGUGUACAAAGAGCUGCUCAUCUCGCUUGUGGCUUCUCUCUUUAUGGGAUUUGGAGUGCUGUUUCUACUGCUUUGGGUUGGGAUCUACGUGUGACAAAGCAGGUGUCUCCCAGGAGGGAGGGUUGAUGUUUUUUGUAGCUCUGUGUGUCCGGGGACCAGUCCUGCCCGUGGGUUAUUGUAUCCAGUCUAUCAUUGCACUGUCAUUUCAGCGAAGGAGAUUUCCACAUUAUGGUGAAUAACUCACAAGUCACAAUAAAAACACUUUUCCAA